ACUCUCUGUCCUAGCUCUUCUCUUCUCUAACAGAACUUCAUUCAGAGCAGAAUUUGACACAACUGACUCACUCACUUAACACUCGGAACCCUCGACUCUGUGACGAUGAGGUCCUCCAUCCCCCUCGCGGCCCUCCUCCCCCUGGUGACACCCUACCUCGCCUCACUGGCGUCGGCGCAAGCCUCGGGGACGGGCGGCACGACGCGGUACUGGGACUGCUGCAAGCCGUCGUGCGCAUGGCCGGACAACGCGCCGGGGGCGGACAGCCCCGUGGGGACGUGCGACAUCAACGACAACCCGCUCCAGGACGGCGGGUCGACGACGUCCGGGUGCGAGGAGGGCGGGUCGUCGUACAUGUGCAGCUCCCACGGGCCGUGGGCGGUCAGCGAGGACCUCGCGUACGGGUGGGCGGCGGUGCGUAUCGCGGGAGGCGACGAGGCGGGGUGGUGCUGCGCUUGCUACGAGCUCACGUUCACCUCCGGGCCUGUGGCUGGCAAGAAGAUGGUGGUGCAGGCGACCAACACUGGUGCGGAUCUGGGCGAUAACCACUUUGACAUUGCGAUCCCCGGAGGUGGCGUCGGCAUCUUCAACGCCUGCACGGACCAGUGGAACGCACCCCCCGACGGCUGGGGCGAGAGGUACGGCGGCGUCUCGAGCCGCCAGGAGUGCGAGCAGCUCCCUGGCGCUCUUCAGGACGGCUGCUUCUGGCGUUUCGACUGGUUCGGUGGUGCGGAUAACCCGGCGGUCGAGUUCACUCAGGUCUCAUGCCCUUCCGAGAUCACGUCCCGCAGUGGAUGCAGGAGGCAGGACGAUGCUAUGUUUAGAAAGAGGCGUUAAAGGGGGGGGGAAGGGGAUGGAUGGUGGCAAGUCGGCAGCUCGUGGGCCUUUUAUUGUGAAGGGGCAUGAUGAGUUGAAUUGAGGAGCCAUGGACGUGACGAGGUGAAGUGUAAGGUUCAAACUGAAGCCCAGUCGCCCCGUGGGUGUCGGAUGGAAGGUCGGCGCGACAGUAUCUCGGGGCCCUCUAGUUGGAGCAGGUUUCGGGCAGUGGAUUUUGCGAUGAAGACGAGACAAAAGUCGUAGCAAGGCCCAUGACCUUACCCUAAUGAUCUUCUUCCGUGGUCCAGGAGCGGGUAGGAGUUCAAUGUGAUGUUGAUUUUUAAGAUGGUGAUAAAGCUUGGCAGCGGUCGGGUUCGCGGUUUGGACAGGGCAUAGACGGGGAGACUAGUCGGGAACUUUAACCUUUUUUUCGGAAGAAGCAUAUGCUUGUUUUGAACCUACAGGAAUGACGUG